CUGUGUGAACUUCAUCAGGUUUUGAUCACACACAAAAACGAUUGCCACAUUGAUCCAUCGGUUUCCAUUUCUAUAAAUACAAUUAUAAGCUCACCCCAUAUCAACAAUCACAAAAACAUCAUUAAUUUGGGAAGUUCAGCUACUAAACUGAUUAAUUUAGUUCAUCACCAUGGCAUACGUUGGAGGAAGAAGGUGGCCUGGAGAAAGAAUUCAUCCGCAUAAGCCAAUAAUUCAAGAUUUUGUACCUUCUUCAGAUUGGAAUGAGGACGCCAAUGGCCAUUAUCUCCUGAUGGAUCUUCCUGACUUCCAAAAGGAACAGGUGAAGCUCCAUGCUGACCCUUCUGGCAGUAUAAUGGUUAGCGGAGAAAGACUGACGAAUGAUAAAAGUAGAAUAAUACGCUUCGAGCAGACCUUUAAACUGCCACCAAAUUCAGAUAUCGAUCAGAUCACCGGAAAAUUUGACGGUGAGAUUCUCUAUGUAACUGUGCCAAAACUAGUCGAAGCAGAGAAGCAGCAGGAAGUUCCCGAGAGAGAAACCGAAAACAUGAGCAGCAGCAGCAAUAUUACGGAAGAAAUCAAAGAGGAAAGCAGUCAUCAUCAUCAUCACAAUGAUGAAAAUGUAAACCGCGGUCAUGCAGAAGUGCAUGGCAAAGAAGAACAUGAGCGCCAGUCUGACAAGAAACAAAUGUGUUCCUCCCGGGUUGAUAGUUUCCAUAAAGAGGACGUAGAGAAGUGGGCAAAACAGCCGAGUCAGUUGGAUUGGGCUAUGAAGAUACUAAGGAAAAACAAGGGAAUUGUUGUUACGGCCGUGAUAGCGUUCUCACUGGGGGUUUACGUUUCUCGCAAGUUCGGACCUGCUGCUGCGGUACUCGAGGCUGCGCCAUUUGAUUAAUUAGUUUGCACGAUUGUCCACCAGUAAUGCUAAACGAUUACAAAAUUAUGUUGACCAUCUACCGUUGUAUAUAGAAUAAUAUUAGACAAAUUCCUUGUGUGAAAUUGCAAAUAAUAAAUUAUCCAUU